AUGACAGAGGCGAUUAUAGAGAAAAAAAAUCAUAAGAAGUCUAUCAAUGAUCAUGACAAGGAUGGACCAAGGCCUUACGUCUGUCCCAUAUGUCAAAGGGGAUUCCAUCGACUGGAACAUCAGACUAGGCACAUCAGAACACACACUGGGGAAAGACCGCAUGCAUGUGAUUUCCCGGGAUGUUCAAAACGCUUUAGUAGAAGCGAUGAACUAACAAGACAUAGAAGGAUACAUGACAGUGAUAAACCAAAGGGGAAAAGAGGAAGGAAAAAGAAGAGUGAGACGAUAGCUCGUGAAAAGGAAUUAGAAUUGCAGCGGCAAAAACAACGAAACGCAAACGACUCUGCGGCUGUUGAUUCUGCUGGUGGAACGAGCGCUAAUGUCAUAGAACCAAACCACAAACUUCUGAAAUCCACUAAUUCGAUUAAACAAGAUGGUUCAACAUUUACUGAACCUCUGAAAUCGUUGAGGUCGAAGCCAAUGUUUGAUCUCGGUAGCGAUGAAUCGGAUGAAUGCGGUAUAUAUAGUGUCCCACCUAUUAGAUCUCAGAAUAAUAGUGGUAACAUAGACCUUCUGCUGAAUGCUGCAAAAUUUGAGUCUGACAAAGCCUCAUCCUCUUUCAAAUUUAUUGAUAAACUACCGUUGACUUCAUCUUCAUCCUCUCCGUCACUUUCGUUUACAUCUCAUUCAAUCAACAACAGCAGUAGCGGACUAUUGUUACCAAGACCAGCUUCACGUGCUAAGCUUUCUGCUUUAUCAUCAUUACAAAGAAUGACACCCUUGUCUCAAAAUUCAGAGUCAUAUAAUCAUUCGCAACAGAAUCUAGUACAUCUUCACCAUCCCGCACCCAACCGACCAUUGACCGAGUUUGUUGAUAACGAGUAUAUAAGUAACGGUCUGCCUAGAACCAGAUCGUGGACAAAUCUGUCGGAACAGCAAUCACCAUCGGGCUUCAGCUCCUCUGCACUUAACUCCAGAUUCUCGUCAUCCAAUAGUCUCAACCAACUGAUAGAUCAACAUUCAAGAAAUUCAAGUACUGUAAGCAUAUCUACUCUACUGAAGCAAGAAACCGUAAUCUCACAAGAUGAGGAUAUGAGUACAGAAGAUGCAUAUGGCCGGCCACUUAAGAAAUCAAAAGCCAUAAUGCCCAUCAUGAGACCUAGUUCUACAAUGCCACCAAGUUCCGGCUCAGCUACAGAAGGAGAAUUUUAUGAUGAACUUCAUUCAAGGCUUAGAUCGAUGGAUCAACUGCCGGUAAGGAACAGUAAGGACGAAAAAGAUUACUAUUUCCAAAGUCAUUUUUCAAGUUUACUGUGCACUCCAACGCACAGUCCUCCACCGGAAGGAUUGUUACCCAGUUUGAAUCAGAAUAAGCCAGUGCAGUUGCCAUCACUUCGAAGCUUAGACCUUUUACCACCAAAAUAA